AUGCUGCGCCAGCGCGGCGCCCGCGUCGCGUUUCCGGAGCGCACCUACGCGACGGUCGACCAUAUCGUCCCGACGCUGGACCAGCGGCGGCCGUUCGCCGACGAGCUGGCCGAGAAGAUGAUGGCGGCGCUCGAGCGCAACUGCCGGGAGUUCGACAUCCGGUUCUCCCAUCUCGGCACCGACCGGCAGGGGAUCGUGCACGUCAUCGGGCCGGAGCUCGGGCCUGACGCAGCCGGGCAUGACCAUCGCCUGCGGCGACAGCCACACGUCGACCCACGGCGCGUUCGGGGCGGUGGCGUUCGGCAUCGGCACGUCGCAGGUGCGGGACGUGCUGGCCUCGCAGUACGCGGUCGCGAAGCGCUGGAGUUCAUGGGGCUGGCGGCCGGCGCCCCGAUUCGGGGAACGCGCGUGGACGUGGCGUUCGUCGGCUCGUGCACCAACUCGCGGCUCUCCGACCUGCGCGAGGCGGCGCGCGUCGUCCGCGGGCAGCGGGUCUCGCCGCAUGUAAAGGCGCUGGUCGUGCCCGGCUCCAAGAACGUCAGUCGCGCGGCGGAGGCGGAGGGACUGCACGAAAUCUUCCGUGAGGCCGGAUUUGAAUGGCGCGGGGCGGGCUGCUCGAUGUGUCUGGCGAUGAACCCGGACCGCCUGCAGGGCCGCGAGGUCUGCGCGUCGUCGUCGAACCGCAACUUCAAGGGGCGUCAGGGCAGCCCGACCGGCCGCACGCUGCUGAUGAGCCCGGCCAUGGUCGCCGCCGCCGCGGUCGCCGGCGAGGUGACCGACGUGCGCGGGAUGCUCGGCUAG